AUGCCCAGCUUUAGAACCGAAGCUAGCGAACCAUUCGAAGUCACCGGCGUCGACUACGCCGGCCCGUUAAAAUACAAGAUCAGUAAGAGGGAAGAAGGAAAGUGCUACGUACUAAUCUUCACGUGUGCGGCGUCUCGAGCGAUCCACCUGGAACUAACCAAAAGCCAAGAAGCCGAGGAAUUCCAACGAAAGCUCAACCAAUUCAUCGCUCGGAGAGGAAGACCACGGUUGCUGAUAUCUGACAAUGCAGCGACAUUCAAAACGACAGCGAAACUAAUUAAAGCCAUUCGAAAGAGUGAGAAAUUGCACGACUUCCUAGCAGCACAAGGUAUACACUGGAGAUUCAACCUCGCUAAAUCCCCUUGGUGGGGAGGUAUCUAUGAAAGGUUGAUACGGGAAAUAAAGAAGACCCUUUAUAAGACUCUUGGACGAACGCACCUUUCAUUCGAGAAUUUGGAAAUGGUCCUCAUGGACAUAGAAAUUAAUAUGAACAAUUGUCCAUUAACUUAUGUCGAAAGCGAAAGUGGGGAGGAAGAAGUACUAACGCCAAAUGUUCUCAUUCGAGGGAAAAACACUUAUCUCAUGAAUGACGUAGAGAAUGACGAUGAUGAGCUUACGAAGAUGCAAAGGAGAAUCGCCAAGGCAAAGAACAAUGCUUGGAAAAGAUGGCAACGAGAGUACAUACACAGUUUAAUGGAAAGUCAAAGAGUAAACGGAAAACCAGUUAACGCGCCAGAAGUCGGAGAAGUAGUUUUAGUCGUGGGAGAAGAAAAGAACAGAAGCGAAUGGAAGAAAGGAAGGGUAGUGCGACAAGUCAAAGGAAAGGACGGAGUAGUACGAGGUGUAGUGCUUUUACACAAAGGACAUACUAUCGAACGACCGUUACAGUUGGUGUGUCCACUCGAAAUUCGUCGCACAACGAAAAUAGAACAAAGGAAGAACGAGAACAAGCAGCCGGUUGAAAAGGAAAAGCAGAAACGGGGAGCAGCUAUUGAAGCAAGAAAGAAAAUACGCAAACUGGCAGAAACCGAGGAUGCAGACUGA